CCAUUACAGAUGGAGAAUGUUUCCAAUAUGUUUGUGUUCACUCUCUCUGGAUUAAAUAUGACAAUGGAGGAAAGAUAUGCAUUAUUUUCCUUGACUAUUUUGCUUUAUCAGUUUAUCUUGUUGUGUAACAUUACUAUAAUUUUUUGCAUUGCCUCAGAUAAGCAGCUUCAUGAGCCUAUGUACAUAUUUUUGUGUAAUUUGUGUAUAAAUACACUAUAUGGCACUUCUGGCUUUUACCCUAAAUUCAUGUAUGACUUACUGUCCCCAUUUCAUGUUAUUUCAUAUGCAGGAUGUCUUACUCAGGUUUUUGUUAUUUAUUCUUCUGCUUUGUGUGAUUUUUCAACUUUAACAGUAAUGGCCUAUGACAGGUAUGUUGCAAUAUGUAAACCAUUAGAGUACCAUUCAGAAAUGACAAAUCAAAAAAUUGUAAAAUGUCUCAUUUUUUGUUGGCUUCCACCAAUUAUUUGCAUGUCUGUUGUAGUCAUACUAGCAUCAAGACUGACCUUAUGUGGCUCAACUAUUGAAAAGCUUUAUUGUGAAACCUGGGCAGUUGCUAAACUGUCCUGUUCCACUACAACAGUAAAUAAUGUAAUUGGAUACAUAGUUAUAUUAACAUAUUUUGGACAUGCAGUACUGAUUACAUUCUCAUAUAUUCACUUGAUUAAAAAUUGCAGGAAGUCAAAGGAGAGCACAUAUAAAUUCAUGCAGACUUGUGUGCCACACUUAGUGGCACUGUUGAACAUCACCAUUGCAUUAUUGUUUGAUGUCUUUUACAGUCGAUAUGGUUCAAAUUCAUUGCCUCAAUCUUUGCGAAAUUUCAUGGCACUGGAUGUCCUCUUUAUACCCCCCAUUUUAAAUCCCCUUAUCUAUGGAUUAAAAUUGACUAAAAUACGGAAGCAAGUAAUGAGAUUGUUCCUGAGAGACAGCUGUUUAAAAUGGAAAUAG